AUGUCUAGAGAUGAAGUUGUAAACUUUAUAAGCCUGUCCAAGUACUUUGCUUGGAACUUCCAACCGUCCAAGGAAGGAAAGUCGGGCUCCAUUGAAUUUCGCCGACCCCCUGCCAUUACAACAACCAAGAAGACCAAACAUUGGGUCUCCUUCACGAUGGCGUUUGUAUGGAUGGCCAUGAAUGGCAACUUGGAUGCUUUCGUCCGCGCCUCCGGGAAGACGGGGGCCAAAUUCCAGAAGCUCCACCCCCCGAACUUCGAAGAGCAGCUACUACGUGCUGCGAAGGAAAUCGGGGUCUUCUGGAGUUUGGACCCCCGUCUUCGACAAGAAGACGACGUCAAGAACCUACACAUAACCACCAUGGACGAACAAGCCUUUCGCUGGUUGGCAAAGUCGGGGUUGGGAUAUCGUUGUAGUCAAAAUGGCUAG